GCACCAGUUCAGUAAAAAGAACAGGCCUUAUGCGUGAAUCAAGCAGAAUCAACAUCACGUCCAAUCAAAUCCAAGCGAUUCGUCUUUGAAUUUUUUGAGCAGUGUAGAUUCAUUGUUUAAUAUAUAUGUGAGUAGAUAAAUAACUUCUGUGUGUAAACAGCAAUGAGAUCUAACACUGAGGAAAGUGAUACAAGUCCAUCUAUCGAGAUACAAAUCCAGAAUACAUUAAUUUCCAUCGAUAAUAUGAGCCGGAAAAUAAAGAAAGAGCUGAAUAUAAUCAAGGAACUUGUGAAGGAAAAUGGACACUUAUGUACAGUAGUCAGCACGACAAAUGAAACAUUGUCCAUGCAAGUUCAAAAUAUGGGAAUGAAUGUGACAGAGAUUAUCAAUGAGAGCAAACGUAAUAGGUUAGAAUCGAUCUUACCGGACAUCACGUCCACAAAUGUUGCAGAGUACUUGGACCAAAUAAAUUCCUGAAACAUAUAAUUUUUAAAAUGUUUGUAAUAAGGCUCAAUAUGUUUUUAAUAACUAAUAUAGAGAA